GACGGAAUGAACAAGAUUGCUUGCGCUGUGGCUUGGCUGUGGCGCGGCCAAUUGCACGGGAUUGUCCUCACGCCGACACGUGCACAGCCACGUGGUCAUGGUUGCGUCCCGAUAUGGCAGUCGUCAUGCGGAUCGGUUGAUGCUAACCAGGAACGGCCACCAGACAGAUACCGGGGUUUCAUACCCGGCUGGUGUAGGUCAACAGGACUUUUCCGUCCCCGCUCUCUUCUAUCUGUCUGCCAAUUUCAGCCGCAAUGGCCCCAGGACAAACAACACCCUUCACAGUCGCGCUCAUUACCGGAGCUGCGCAGGGAAUAGGACGGGAGAUUGCCCUCAGGCUCGCGGACGAUGGCUUUCAUGUAGCCAUCAACGAUAUUCCGAGCAAUGCAGAUGCUUUGCACUCCGUGGCGAAGGAGGUUGAAGCCAAGGGACGCAAGGCCCUUGCCGUUCUCGGCGAUGUCUCCGAAGAGGCAGCUGUCAAAAGCAUGGUCGAGAAGACGGUAGAGGUUCUCGGUCGACUAGACGUCAUGGUCGCCAAUGCUGCUAUAGCGUACAUUAGCGCCAUUGUUGACAUGGAUGUAGAGAAGUUUGACCGCGCACUGGCCGUAAACGUCAGAGGGGCCAUGCUUUGCUAUAAGUAUGCGGCAAGGCAGAUGAUCAAACAAGGCAACGGUGGGCGGAUCCUUGGAGCGGCGUCGAUCCUCGGAAAGCGCGGUGGACCUGCAGCUGCCGCAUACGUCGCACCGAAGUUCGCAAUCAGAGGUCUCACGCAGUGUCUCGCGAUCGAACUCAAGGCUCACCACAUCACGGCCAACACGUACGCUCCCGGCGUAAUCCUUACCCCCAUGACUGACAUGGGCGCUCUGGACGAAGCCAAGGGUGGCGGUCACGGUGCUGCCACGAAGUGGGUGUGUGGGCUUCCGCCGGACGGCCCGGAUGCUCCCCCGGAGGUCGUGGCUAGCCUCGUGUCGUAUCUGGUUAAGUCGGAGGCGUACUUUAUCACGGGUCAAUCCUACAAUGUUGAUGGCGGUGUCGACUUCAGCUAAGCAUUAGUUUAUCCUCCUGCGACUUCUUUAUGGAUGUGCUUAUAGCUGUACAUUAUCCUAACCACCGUGUCCGGCCACAUUGGCCUGCGGUUGUAUCUGUAUAUAUUGGAAGAACGAACAUCGAUACGUGAAUGCUAUCUACAUAGCGAUCGGCUCCAGACACGAGACG